AGAAGGGGCUCGACCCGGGCGCGUUGGCUCCUCCCCGCACCGCUCCUCCCGGCUGGCGGCCGCCCCUUCUUGAAAGAGAGCCAUGGACGUGAUCGCGCCCCGGUCCGUGGCGCCGCGGCGGGAGUCCGCCGUGCGCGUGAAGCACGUGGAGGAGGGGUGCCCGUACCGCGAGGACGACGUGAUGGCACCAGAGAAAGGGGUGUCCACUGGCACGACCAUCAUGGCGGUCGAAUUCGAUGGUGGCGUGGUCCUUGGCGCGGACACCCGCACCUCCACUGGGCAAUACGUCGCGAACCGGGCGUCCCGGAAGAUCACGAAGAUGGACGAGCGGAUCUUCGUGUGCCGUUGCGGUAGCGCCGCUGACACGCAGGCGCUGUCCGGCUUUGUGCAGUUCUACCUGGGCCAGCACGCCGUGGAGCUGGGGCGGAAGCCGGCGGUGAAGACGUGCGCGAAUUUGUUCAAGAUCUUCGCGUACAACAACAAGGA